CUGGAGUUUUCCAGUUUGGUUAAUCAUAGUGUUUAUGUCAUAAAUAUGAAGAUUGAGUGUCGCAGUUUGGAAACAUCGCUUUAAUAUUUCUUUACCUCCUGCAAUUGGAUUCUGAAUGUGAUAAGUUGCAUAUUUCUUAAAUGUAACUGUUCAUCAUGGAAGCUAAUAGUGAAUGUUUGGAGGCUACACAGUUCCAGAGUAACAUGGAUGAUGAUGUAGUCCGAGAAGUUUUGAAAACUGGGACAGACUUACGGCAGUACUCUCGUCAAAUAGAGAAGGAAUUAAAGGACGUUGAAAACAAAUCUAUCAAAGACUAUAUUAAGGAAAGCCAGAACAUUGCUAGUCUGCAUAACCAAAUAGCUGCUUGUGAUAGUAUAUUAGAGAGAAUGGAGUCAAUGCUGUUGAACUUCAAGACAGAUUUAGGCAGCAUCAGCAGUGAGAUAUUGAACUUACAAAGGAAAUCAGUGUCAAUGAGUCAGCAGCUACAUAACCGCCAGGCAGUUCAUGGUCAACUGAGCCAGUUUGUUGAUGAUAUGGCAGUUAAUGAGAAUCUUAUCUCUGGUAUCUUGGAUGUCCCAGUCAUGGAGAAGGAGUUCUUAACUCAGUUGGAGAUACUUAAUCAUAAGAUAAACUUUGUAAAGGAGCAGAGUUUUAAAGGAACAAAGGCAUGUGAUGAUGUGAAAGAUGUCGUGGAUAAACUAAAGAUAAAGGCAGUCACAAAGAUUCGAGCAUACCUGAUGGAGCAGGUGUAUAAGUUCCGCAAACCCAUGACUAAUUACCAGGUUCCCCAGAACACACUGCUUAAGUACAAGUUCUUCUUUGAAUUUGUAUUGUCAAAUGAGCGAAAUGUAGCUCAGGAGGUGUGCAAUGAAUACGUGGACACAAUGAGUAAGAUCUAUUUCUCAUACUUCAAGUCGUAUUCAUCACGACUUUCUAAGCUAUGUUAUGAAGAAGCAGCAACAAAGGAUGAUCUUAUGGGCAUUGAGGACAUGGGCGCAUCACGUGGCGGCGGCCUCUUUUAUAAGACGCCUCUUAAGCAUAAGAGCACUGUGUUCACAAUUGGCAGCCGUGGAGAUGUGCUCAGUGCACAGCUGGAGGCGCCUAUCAUUGUGCCUCACGCCGCACAUAAGAUUGAGCAGAGGUACCCUUUUGAAGCACUGUUUCGCAGCGAACAAUACGCUCUGGUAGACAACGCUUGCCGGGAGUAUCUCUUCUUGUCGGAAUUCUUCAUGGUGCGUGGAUUAGAAGCUCAGAAACUCUUCAGUAAGAUCCUCAGCAAAACACUAAACCUGCUAUUGAAAAAUCUGGAGACAUUUGUACAAGAUUGUUACGAUGCUAUUGCACUCUUCUUGUGUGUACAUCUUAUACUGAGGUACCAACUGAUGUGCCACAAGCGAGCGGUACCAGCUCUCGAUUCAUACUGGGACACUCUGCAGGCUCUUAUUUGGCCACGGUUUGAAUACAUCUUCAGGUUGAACAUACAGAGUGUGAAGGACUGUGACCCAACAAAAUUCAGUAAGGAAAUGCGGCCACACUAUAUCACGCGGAGAUAUGCCGAGUUCAGCGCAGCUCUUGUAGGGAUAAGUGAGAGCUUUCCUUCAGAAUUAGUGAACCGGCUGUUGGCAGAACUGCAAGAGGAAGUGGAGUGCUUCAUCUUACGCAUGGCUGCAGUCUUUCCACAGCGCAAGGAACAACUUAUUUUCCUCAUCAAUAAUUAUGACAUGGUGCUUGGCAUUCUUAUGGAGCGUACACGAGACAACUCAAAAGAGGCAGAGAAUUUCCGUGAACAGUUGAAUACCCGAAGCGCAGAGUAUGUGGAAGAGAUUCUGUCACCUCACUUUGGUGGUAUUCUGCACUUUGUGAAAGAGGGCGAAGCUCUCGUUGAAAAAGGCCAAACAGAUGAAUUGAAACGUCUUGAAAGAAAGGCAUUGGGUCUGGUGCAGUCUUUCUCUGCAGGGUGGAAGCGAUCACUGGCGGAGUUGAAUCGGGAAAUCCUGUCGUCAUUCCCCAGCCUAGUAACAGGAUCCACACUUUUGCAGCUGGCGCUGACUCAGUUGGUGCAAUAUUAUCACCGUUUUCACAAACUGUUGCCGCCUAAUGCACGAUCGCAGCUCACUAAUAUUCAUCACAUUAUGGUUGAACUGAAGAAAUACAAGACCAACUUUUGAGAUGUUUUAUUGAGCUUUAAUUUAUAAGAAAAAUUAUGAAUAUGUGCACUCCAUGCAUCCUAGGAUCACAUGGUUAGACUUCAAAAUCUGGCAUAUAAAUGCAUAUGUGUGUUUCAUGUUGACUGACUGCAUAGCAGAUAUAAACUCCAAAUUGUGAUAUAGAUCUGAUUCUUUAUUUGUAUGGGUAAUGUACUUCUUGUAUAUAAAUUCCAACAAAAUCCCUAGUUAAUGAAUUUCUGGGAGAAUAGCUUUACUUAUAGUAAAUCAGUAUUUUCACUAAAUGGGGGUUAUGUAAAAUGACAUAAAAAUGUGUUUAUGUCAUAAUAAUUAUUAUAAAAUAAUUUCUAACUAAUGUUGCUGAUGAUUGAAAAAGUAAGUGGGCAUUUCAUGGUAAGCAAAGCUAAAAUACAUAGGAGCUGUGAACUCUAUGCUUAUUUCAUGGACUUGAUGAAGUCUGGUUUCUGCUGAUAUGCUGUAGUUGGAAGCUCCUAAAAUAGCACAGAAAUUCAAUAUUCCUGUUACUGAAUUCAACUCACUACAGGUGGGUUUGACAGUUCUUGAAUCGUUGGUAGCUUUCAGUUCAUAGGAGGACUGCAAUUUCUAAAGAACUACCUGAAGCGUAAGAAGAAAAACUAAUUUUCAGAAAUUUGUGUUGUCAUUAAGAAAGAAACACAGCUCUUUCUAAAAUUGGAAAUGGUGAUCAGACUCCAAUGUGGUUCUGCACACCAGAAUUUACUUCUAAUGAACAUGUUGGUGAAAUGUCAGUUCAAAUUAGAAUGACAGGUGUGGAUAAGCAGGCACACCGUCAUGUUGGCAAUCACUGCUGAUGGUCACAAGUUGUCAUCAGCCACUAUUGGUAAUUAAAAGUAACUCUCCCAAAGAUACAUGACUCCUAGGAAUUAUUGUAAGCGUUGAAGAAAGGAGGUGGAUGACUGAGGAGCUCAUCCUCAAAUGGCUGAACUUGGUGUGAAGACGGUGGCUGGACUCUUUGUUAUGCAAGCACACCAUUUAGUUUUACAUAAAUUUCAUGGACGUAUAACAGAAAGGGUGAAAGUAAAAGUUAGUGAGAAUUCUAAUCUUGUAAUUUCUGGUGAGAUGACCAAGCGUUUGUAACCUUGGAUGUUGUCAUUAAUCAGCCAUUCAAGGCCACAUUCUGGUGGCUCUGUAACCAGUGGAUGACAAGCAUGAACUGAGGCCUAGCAGUUGAAUGAACCACUUGCCAUUACUGACAGUGUGUGAAUUGUUCCUUGCAGCAGUGCACUUAAUUUCUCCAGAAAUUAUGGAGGCAAGUAUUAAAGUUACUGAAAUGGGAAUGUGUAUAUCAUGAUCAAUCAGUGAUACUCACAAUGAAAGUGAGAAUAAUGUAUAAUGGUGAUGAUAACAAUAUUGUUAAUGACAGUGAAUGACAAACAUUUUAGUGAAUUGCUGAUUGAUGGUACAGUUUAAAUCAGACUGCAUAUUAUUGGCAAAUAAAUAUUAACUUUGAAAUUGUA